GCACAGCAAUGCUGAAAGACCUUUGAGGGGUUGCAGAGUUUACCUGCAGGGCAAGUGGAUCUUUGAUGUGGACGUGGGCCGUGUCACUUUAAAAACCCCAGAGACUUCAUUCUGUGUUUAGCCGCCUGUCGGGACAGUUGUGGACUUUUGAAAAGAGGAGCUUUGGAUUACAGCACAAACCUGUGUGUACUGAGCUUUGUUCUGACCUUUCUGGUUCUUGGAUGUGUGGACUCGAGGGGACAAUGUCCACAAUGUCCAGUGAAGGUGAUGCUGGAGGUCAGCCUUCCACAACAACAAUCAGCACUGUGGCCGUACAGGCUGGAACUUCCCAGAUUGUUGUAGCAGUACUCAAGUGUGGCGAGCUGGUGCAUCUACAACUGACAGAAGCACAACCCAACCUUCUGGAGAUUGGAAACAACCAGGAUGAAACCAAAAAGCUUCUAGAGGAACAUGAGCAGCUCCUUGCUAAACUUAAGAAAAAUGAAGGAGGCGUAUGGGCUUUGCUGGAGGAGGCUGAUAAAACAGCAGCUCAGAAGAAAGGAGAGGAGCUGGUUUAUGAGGCCAUGGCUGUCUCUCUCAGUGAGGCUUGGAAAACACUGGUGGCCCACCUGGAGAAAAGGAGAUCACUCCUGAUCUUGGCCUGCCAUUUUUUUGAGUGUGCUCUGGAGUUUGCCAUCAGGAUAGAUGAAGCUGAAGACUUUCAGAGUGUUGGUCAGAAAUCGACCACUGCAGACAACAUGAAUGAACUCCUUCAGAGACACAGCACUAUUAGAAGAGGGAUGUUGGAGAAGUCAAUGCUGGUGUUGAAUAAGAGUCGUGAGUUGCUGGGAUUUUUGAAGGACUUCCAGUCCCAGCAGGCCCUGAAGUAUGGCAGAGCUUCUCACGGGGCCUGGAGCAGCUUUGGAAAGGUGGAAGGUUUAAUGGAGAUUCUGCAGGACAGACGCCGGCAAGUGGACCUUUGCAUGAGACAACAAAAGCAUGAGCUGGAAACGAUUUACCGUAUUCGACAGUGGGAGAGACCGGAACAGGAGGUAACACAGUGGUUUAAGGAAAAGGCUACUUUGUUCUUGGAAAACAGUCAGCUGGGUUCAUCUCUGUCAGAAAAUGAGGACUUACUACGUGAAUACAAAGAGUUUGAACAGAAAUCCAAGGACUGGGGUGUGCUGGUUGAGAGGUUGAUACAGCAGGCGUCAGAUCUGCUUUCCUCGAAUGAGUGCACACAACUUCAACGCUUGUCAGAGAAGAGUGAAAAACUCAAAGCUACACACGAGCACUUCUGGAGCCUCAUGAUGAAUCGUCUGGCUCAUCUGCAGGAGAGCAAUGCCUUUUACAGCAGUGCUAAUAAAGUACGAAUUUUAUGUUUAUUUAUUUAUUUAAGUCAAGUCAAGUCAAGUUUAUUUGUACGGCGCUUUUCACGAUACAAAUCAUUGCAAAGGAAACAUGAUGAGUAUUCACGGAGUAUAAAAGAUGCAUCUGUCGAGCCUCUUCAGAGAGGUCAGCUGUUACUUCAGAAGCUCGACCCACAAAGUGCCCAAGUUGGAGGGCUGCAAAGGAUGCUGGGAUACAUCAAAGAGAGAAUCGAUGCUCUGAGCCAUGAGUGUCACGCCCACAGAGAGUUAACAGGCAAACGGCAGCAGCUGGUGUCUUCAUUUGAAGAACUGGUGGAUAAGGUGUCUGCUUGGAUUAAGAGCAGCAACAGUGUCCUCUCUUCCAGCACAGAGCCUGGUUCAUCUCUAACUGAGGCUGAGGACACCCUUAACAAGCAUGUUGAGCUACUCUCACAGUCUCAGGAUGCUGUGAGAGAAUCAGAGGCUAUAGCUGGUUUUAUAAAGGAACUAAAGGGGCUGGAAUCCUCAGAUGCAGUUGAGUUGUCUAACAAAGCUUCACUUUUGGCAGAGGAGAUGAAAACACUGCUCAGAAACAUUUCAUCUCAUGUGGAAAGCCUUAGACCCUACGUGGACUUUCUGCGCAGUGCAGAUGAGGUUGAGGAACAGAUAAGGACACUUGAGGAAUGCUAUAAGAAUAGGCCAGAGGAAAAUGAAGGAGCAGGUGCAACCAUGAAGGAUAUGCUGGAUGCUAAGUGGCAGUCAUUGCUGCAGAAGUUUUUCACCAUGCAGGACCUGGGAAACAAUUUUAUGAACUCCUCUAACAUGAUCAGUGGCAACCUGAAUCUAAACAUUAAAGCAGCAGGGCAUGUUGUAGAAAUAUAUAUGGACACACUGACCAAAAAGAAGUCUGAACUAGCAGACUUAUGGACGUCCUGGCAACUGCAUUAUAGUCAGAUGAAAUCUGUGAAGAAGCAGUGGAAAAAAUUUAAGGAUCGACUUAAAAAGGUUCUUCAUGAUUUAAAGGCAAUGGAGGAGAUUUUUGCUCCAGCUUCAAAGGUUGAUUUGGGGGGUGAUUCUCAGUCUGUGUCUAAACUACAGGAUAACUUCAAUGCUGUAAAGCCAGAAUUCCUGCAACUGAAUGCAGAAGUGGAAUUCCUGGUUAAGACAUCCGAGCUGCUUGGCUUGAAGGGAAUACCGGUGAAAGAGAAGAACGAGAGAGUUUCUGAGCUCCUGCAGCUACAUCAGCAUGUCAGAGAUAAAAUCAGAGCGUAUGAAACCAUUCUCAGUAUGGCCAGUAAAUUUCAUCAGCUUUAUCAAGAGCUGGACACUGUAUUACAUGCAGAACCAGUGACUGUGUACAGUGACACCAGCCAGGCCAGGACUCAGUUGACUCAGUACCAAGAGAGGCAGAGGCACAUCCACUAUCUGUACAAGCUCGCCCUCUCGCUGGGUGCAGAUCUCACCAGCACUGUGCAACACUCGCGUCUGCUGGUGUUGUCAGUGCAGCAGUUAAAGGAGAAACUGGAAAAAUUGGAAAGAGGAAGCGUUGAAUGGAUUGCUGAGGCCAACAAGUGUGAAGAGAGUUUGAUGAGCAUUGUCCACUUCUGCCUUUAUAAGGAAGAGAUUGGUGAGAUGAGAGAGUCCUUUAAAGAUCUCAAAAAGAAAUUCAACAAUUUGAAAUUCAACUACAUGAAGAAAAACGAGAAGUCGAGAAACUUAAAGGCGGUGAAAAAUCAGAUCCAGCAAAUUGAGAUUUACAUUGAAAAGCUACAGGUUUUGAAGAAGAAGCUGCAAGGCUUCACUCUGAAAGUAUCCAGCAGCAGUGAGAGCCAUUUAAUUGGCAACAGCCUCAGAGAGAUUGAGGAUGCCUUAAAUGCGCUGCAGAGACAAGUGGGCGAUUUUGACAGGGCAGUGGAGGAGUACAAACAGAACCUGGACAUGAAUGUCAAGCUCCAGCAAGCCUUAGAGGAGUAUCAGUUCUGGUGCGACGAAGCAAUCUCCACAAUUGUACGUGUGGGUAAAUAUUCCUCUCAAUGUAAGACUAAGGAAGCAGUCGGCUCUCUCUACAAACAGUUUGAAAAAUUUGUGUGGCCCACAAUACCACAGCAAGAGGAGAGAAUUAGCCAGAUCACAGAGCUGGCAGUACGGCUACAUGGUGCUGAAGAAGGAAAGAAAUACAUGGAGAAAACAAUCAACAAACACCAUGAAAUUGUAGAAUCAAUAAAAGAACUAUCAAAUGGGCUGCUGGACCUUGAAGCCAAACUUCAGUUGGAGACUUUGAAGCAGUCUCUAACACCUGAAGACAACAACAAACGAGACACCAUUGAUACGCCUGAACCAAAGGAAAGUGGACAUACCCCUGAGAUGACAGGCCCACACUGUACUAAAGAGAUGCCUGUCGGCAAGAAUCCGGAAAAUAAGAAACCUCAGCUUCGCAAAACACGAAGCCAAGAUCUGCCAGACAAACAUCAUCCAGAGCAUCAAAAAGUGCUGUCAGAGACCAGGUUGUACACACAGGAGGCCUUUUCUAAGACCAGCAAAGUGGAGACCAUCACGAGCAAAGCUACUAUAGAGAGGAGAGAAAAGAUGCACACCUCUUUCUCUCAUUCUCACACCAUUAAUGUAAGCCAUUCCCCUGCAGAGCGGGAUAAGAGGAGUCACCUUCUGCAGCAAACCAAGAGAGACUCACAAGAAACCCCACCUCCCCCACCUCCGCGGGAUCCAGGCGUAUCACGUCCCAGCAUCAUAGACAUUCAAAGAGAGCUGCAGUGUGCUGUUCAGAAGACCAGCUCUGAGGACAAGUAUCAGGCCUGUAGUAGAAAUCAUCCUUUUCACUCAUAUUCCAAGACUUCUGCUCAUCAUUCUUUAGAGGAGGAAUAUUUGCCUCAUGGGACACCAGAGCCAGCAGCUACUGUACCUGAAGGUGAUUUCCACCCUGACCAUCUUACUGAGGAAUCGCUCUCCAAUGAUGAGUACGAAUGCACCUCCCCAGAUGACAUCUCCCUACCUCCUUUAUCUGAGACUCCAGAAUCCAACAUUAUUCAGUCAGAAAAUGACCUUGAUGACGGCUAUUGCGUGAGCUCUCACAGCCUUCACAUUAACCAGCACAGCCAUCAGUCCCACUCUCAGCAUGGCGACACACUACACCAGAGGCAGCGGGAGUGGAUGUCGAGUCAGGCCGAGAGCUACCCAUCUCCCACCACUGGCCUGGGGGCUAGGUUCAGAGCAGAGUCGUCCUCUUUUGUUCAAAGCCCCCUCACAGUACCUGCCCCAAGCCUUGUGUCAAACACCAUAUCCAGCAUCUUAAAAAGCAAAUCUGGCAACCCACCACCAAGCAGCAUCACUGAAACGCUUUACUCAGUGCAUGAGAGUCAUACCGAUAUGCAAAAGUGUGUGCAUGAUUCUAGUACGAGUCAGUGCCACAGCGCUCGGCCCAAUAACACGCAUGCUACCCCUACCCCAUUAACCACAGAGCAGGACUCGGAUCUCUGCAAGCCCACAGUCAUCCGAGAGGAGAUCAGGCGGGCAUCUUCCAAAAAGGUUAUGGGAAAACUGGCAGGUGGCACAGGCCCUAACUUCUCCAAACACUUGCCUAAUGCCACAGUAAUGGAGGGCUCUCCGGUGACCCUGGAGGUGGAAGUCACUGGAUUCCCUGAGCCUACAUUAACCUGGUUCAAGAAUGGACACAAACUGGCCAAUGAUGAGCACAUAGAACUAUCCCAUAAAGAAGGCAAACAUGCGUUGUUCAUUCACAGCUCUGCAGUGAGAGACUCUGGGCAGUAUGUGGUCACUGCCUCUAACUCAGCUGGCACUGUCACGUCCAGCUCCACGCUACAGGUCAAAGGUAACAACAGCCCUGACUUAGAUGUUCUCAAACUGGACUGGCACACCUGCUUUGGCACCCUCUGUUUCUUCUUGUGGCUUCUCUAUCUGCUGUUGUUAUAAUGGACACUGCCAUUAACAUAAGGAAAACACAUGGAUGUGGACUCUUCACUUUUGAACUUUCUUCACGUCACAUAACCACUGGUGUGUGCAGAAUUAACCGUCUUUGGUGACUGCACAAAUGUAAGAGCACAUGGGUAGUUGAUAUGAAUCUUCAUCUAAAACUAUUCUAAACUAGCAGUUUAAUAAUUAUUUUAGAAUGCAAUUCAUUUAUAAUGCAUGCAGCUCUUAUGAUAUUGUUUGAAAGACUACAUUUAAAUAUUUGUCGUUUUAAAAAUGAAUCUGUCACACUGUUGGACCUUUCAGUGAACUAGUGAAGGCAAAAAGAGUUUUGAAAUGGUGGUUAGGCACAGGACCUAAAUAUAUACUUUAUAUAUACAGUCUACAUAUAAAUUUCAACGUAAAAUUUUGUUGUUUAUUGUGUGUGUGUGUGUGUGUUUUACAUUGACACAUGCAUCAACUACCCACAGAUUUGUUCAUUUUGGCUAUGAACACUGAAAUCACUAUAAUAAUGUUUUGCAAUAUUCAAAUUCAGCAUGAACUGAAUUAUUUUGUAUUUUUCCUAUUAUAUUAUGGAAGUAGCAGUGGAUCUGCAUGCAGUUCCCUUUGUGAUGGUAAUAAAGCCUUGGUCUGCUCUGCCGGUAUUUAUAGUUGCAGUUCUGAAAUGUUCAGCAUUUUACAAUUAAAUUAUUUAUUUUUAAAGAGUUUGAGUGUUCUUUUUAAACAA